AUGUUUUUAAAAAAAGUCGUAAAAUAUACCAAGCGGUUAGAGGACUCCAAUAAUCCUUUAUUGGGUCCAACAUUGAAGGGAUUGUAUUUAUUUGGCCUCUGGCAAACUGGGAGCAAAUUUCGAACAGUCGUUUACAAUUUGAUACAUCUAUCAACAGUAUUUUUCGUAAUAAGUCAAUUUAUCGAUCUUUAUUUUGUCAGGCACGAUAUUAAUAAAGUUUUGAACAAUAUGUCGCUAACUAUCCUCAGUGUUAUUUGUCUCGCAAAAUGUUUCUCUUAUGUUUUUUGGCAGAGUGAAUGGAGGAAGCUAGCUAAAUACAUUUCUGAAGAAGAUCUAACACAAAUAAAGAAAGGAGAUCCUAUUAUCCUAAAGCAUAUGGAAGACUACACGAAGUAUACUAGGAUUAUAACAUACAUGUUUUGGACUAUGGUAUUUAUAACAAAUUUCCUUCUAAUACUAACUCCUUUAUUGAAGUAUGUAUCAUCGCAUUCUUAUCGAGAAGAGGUAAGAUUGGGGAUUGAGCCUUUACCACAGAUUCUGUGUUCUUGGUUUCCGUUUGAUAACGAAAGGAUGCCUGGAUAUUUGAUAAGCGUAAUUGUACACAUCGUUAUGGGAAGUCAAGGUUCUGGAGUGCUAGCUGUGUACGAUAUGAACGCUGUUGCUAUCAUGUCUUAUCUCAAAGGCCAGAUGAUCAUACUCAGGGAGAAAUGUAACAGCCUAUUUGAUGAUGUAACUUCGACACGAGACGUGUUAGAUAGGAUCAAAGAAUGUCAUAGACAUCAUAACGUCUUAUUGAAACACUCUUCAGUUUUCAAUUCCCUGCUGUCGCCUACCAUGUUUGUUUAUGUACUAAUGUGCUCCAUAACAAUUUGCGGUAGCGUGGUGCAAUUCAGUUCCAAAGAAGCUACUGCCUCGCAAAAGCUUUGGGUCUUUCAGUACACGUCUGGUUUAAUUUCGCAACUCUUUUUGUACUGUUGGCAUAGCAAUGAAGUGACCCUUAAUAGUAAGUUAGUUGACAGAGGAAUCUACAGCAGUGAUUGGUGGAAGAGCAAUGUGCAUUUGCGCAAACAUCUCUUGCUAUUGGCUGGCAAGUUAAACCAUCCUCUGAUAUUAGACGCUGGUCCAUACACUACGCUCUCUAUACCUACUUUUAUUGAAAUCAUGAAAGGUUCCUACAGUUUCUUCACCCUGUUCUCUCAAAUGCAAGAAGCUUGA